ACAGAAGAAGAAGGCCGCCGCUGCCCUCUCUCUUCCAGCAUCAUCAGUCUUUCCACCAUCCCUUCUCUUCAGAAUUAACGAACACAAAAUUGGAUUAUAUUGUCACCUGCCUGCUAAAAUCUAACAUCUGAUAUCAGCAUGUCUGACAAGAGUGAGCUGAAGGCUGAGCUGGAGAGGAAGAAGCAGCGGAUCGCCCAAAUUCGAGAGGAGAAGAAGAGAAAAGAAGAGGAGAAGAAGAAGAAGGAUGGAGAAUCAAAGCGUGGAGGGGAGGUGGGCGGCUCCUCUGGUGGCCAUGACGACUCUGACCUGGAGAGGAAGAGGAGGGAGGCGGAGAUGCUGCUGCAGAGCGUCGGCAUCACCCCUGACAUUUCCCACGCUCAGCCCCUGAGGGUAGUAACAGAGGAUACGUGUCUGUUUCACUACCUAGUCCCCGCCCCCAUGUCUCCCUCCAACAAAUCAGUGGGCAGCGACGCAGGAAGCCAGGAUUCUGGGGAUGGAAAUGCAGGACCAAGGACAUUGCAUUGGGAUCCUGACCCCUCUACUCUGCAACUGCACUCCGACUCUGAGCUCAUGGGACGUGGAGCUGUGAGGCUGGGCAUGUCCAAACUGACCCAGGUGGACUUUGCACCGAAGGAAAUGGUGUCGUACUGCAAAGAAACACAGACAGCCACUGAGGCACUGACACACUCUGAUCAAAAAGCAGAUGAGGAAGAGGAUGAGGAGAUGACUGCUCCUCCUACAGCAGAUGAUGCCCAGGAGGAGAAAGAUGAUGGUGAAGGGCAGGAGGACGACGGUCCCAAAGAGCUGACGGAGGAAGAAAAGCUGCAGGUCCUGCACUCUGAAGACUUCCUGUCGUUCUUCGAGCGGGGCAGCAGGAUUGUGGAGAGAGCUCUGGCUGAGCACGUGGACGUCUGCUUCGACUACAGCGGCAGAGAUCUAGAGGAUAAGGAGGGUGACUUGCAGGCAGGGGCUAAGCUGGUUCUGAACAGGCAGUUUGCAGAUGAGCGCUGGACCAAAAACAGAGUGGUCACCUGUCUGGACUGGUCCCCUCAGUAUCCAGAGCUGCUGGUGGCCUCGUAUAACAACAACGAGGAUUCCCCCCAUGAGCCUGAUGGAGUGGCUCUGGUCUGGAACUUGAAGUACAAGAAGGAAACACCAGAGUACAUCUUUCACUGCCAGUCAGAGGUGAUGUCAGCCGGUUUCGCAAAGUUCCACCCCAACCUGGUGGUGGGUGGGACGUACUCCGGACAGAUUGUCUUAUGGGACAACAGGAGCAACAAGCGCACCCCCGUUCAGAGAACUCCCCUGUCUGCAGCUGCACACACACACCCAGUCUACUGUGUGAAUGUGGUCGGAACCCAAAACGCUAACAACCUGAUCAGCAUUUCCACUGACGGCAAAAUGUGCUCCUGGAGCCUGGACAUGCUCUCCCAGCCACAGGACAGUCUGGAGCUGGUUUUCAAACAGAGCAAAGCGGUGGCCGUUACCUCCAUGGCGUUCCCUCUGGGAGACGUGAACAACUUUGUGGUGGGGAGCGAGGAUGGCUCGGUGUACACAGCCUGUCGCCACGGGAGUAAGGCGGGUAUUACUGAGGUGUUUGAGGGCCAUCAUGGUCCGGUGACCGGUCUGAGCUGCCACAGCGCCGGAGGGCCCGUCGACUUCUCUCAUCUCUUCAUCUCCUCCUCUUUUGACUGGACCGUCAAACUCUGGAGCACCAAGAGUACCCGUCCGUUGUACUCGUUUGAGGACAGUUGUGACUAUGUCUAUGAUGCCAUGUGGUCUCCAACACACCCGGCUCUGUUCGCCUGUGUGGACCUGGCUGGACGUCUGGACCUGUGGAACCUCAACAAUGAUACAGAAGUUCCCACCGCCAGUGUAUAUGUGGAGGGGGCUCCAGCCCUGAACCGUGUGAGGUGGGCUCCCUCUGGCAAAGAGAUCGCCACCGGAGACUCUGACGGACAGGUGCAGGUGUACGACGUAGGGGAGCAAAUCUGCGUGCCUAAGGCUGACGAGUGGACGCGCUUCGUCAGGACGCUGGCUGAGAUCAACGAGAACCGAGAUGAGGCUGAGGAACUGGCCAACGCCUGAUGAUACAAAGCCCACACUGACAAACGCUCAUAAGUUUCCCUCCAGUACACUACACCCCCUAUAGCACACUACACCACACUGCCAGAGGAGCCGCGCUCUCCACUCUCUGGCUUCCAGCUUUUCCACCUACUACUACAUGAAUGGGCCUGAGGAGAUUUGCAGAGCUAGAAUGGAUAGAAAAGACAGCUUCAGACAAGUUUUAGAUGUGUGUUUAAAUGUGUCUUCAAGAGUAUUAGAGUACAACGAUAGGGACAGAGAAUGUCACUCGUAGCAGCAGUAGAACAGAUCCCACAGGGAAGUGGUUGAAAGUUUAACUGACAGGAAUACAGUGAUUUUCAGCAUAGAUGGGACUUCUAGCUUUGAGAAAACCCUCAGGGCUGCAGACACUGCUCUUCUCCUGAGGCCUCAGCAAACUCAGUCCUUUUUUUAAAUAUGCAAACCUUUGUACCUGCACCUUUUAUUACCAUUUGAGUGUUUUUACAUGUUUUAAUAUUUUUCCCGGACACGCUUUUGCACACGGCUGGCAAAGUGUUUCUGCAGAGCGAACAAAGAACAGCUGACAUAUCACUAUCAGACCUCUUUAUCCUCAGCAGCACUUAAAUAUGAUGACUAGACCAGCUAACGUGCUAACUGACUGAGGCACUCUGGCCUGUGCAGAAGUGUGCCAUUAUUACAUUUCAACCACUACAAUAUUUAAUAUUUAUUCUGGUGGUUGCACUUAUUUAAAUAUGUUGUGUUUUGUUUAACAAAUGCUGCUUUGUACUUAAAGCUUGAGUAGUACAUUCCUAAGAUUAGCACUACAAGCUUUCUGCUAGGCAAAAUCUGUUCCUAUACUUGCCUUGAAUUUAUUGACAGUAGUACAGUUCAAAGUGAUUUCUGUACCAAAGGUUAUUGUUUUAUACUCUGUAACUGUAGUUGAAACAGUUUCCUGACUGUCCUCUUUAUGAGGAUCCAAAUAAACUACGUUAAGGUUUAAAUCAAGGUGUAAAGCUGAGGUUGGAAAUGUUUAACCCAGACCAUGAAUUGAUUUUUAUUUUCCAUCCAAUGUUUAAUUCCUUCCAGGAUGCAGCAGUCCAACCUCAGCAGGCUGGUAUACAUUUCAGCUUCAUACGCUUUCUCUAAUGUUUAAAAUGAGCUAAAAUUAAAAAAAUGCACUGUAGCAACCAUAUUUGAUAAACCAUGAACAAGAUCAGUAUUGUGCAAUGACUAAUUGUACUGUAUUCUUACCCUUCUAACUGUUCCUGAUACAGUUAAUGGUUGCACUUUUCCAUUGGAAUAAAACUCGAGACAUAUUGUUAAAAUUAAAACCAUAUGGAUGAUUUAUUUCAAUAAAAUACAAUGGUUGAAUG